UUUAGUUUAGUUUUUUACAUUUACAUCCCGCCCUGAAUGUAAGCCAGGGCGGGAUCCGCCAGCGGUGGCAUUCAGCAUGUACGAUUAAUUUGCAGUCUGGACAAGGAGGGGCGAACAUCUCCUGCUCUGACUGCAGCUGGGAGUGACUGCUGCGCACAACAUAAGGACUGGGCCGCCUACCAGAGGAAAGUGUGCCUCCUACUGGCCCUCGAACACCACUUCCAGCCGCACCUGGUUUCCCGUCCAGGGACCGACCAGGACCAACCCUGGGGGAUAUGCUGCUGGCUAAGCCUAUUUUUACUGUGAUAGGCCUACAUUGGAAAAAUACACUUCGGAGACCUAUUAGUCUUAUAAAGUGCCCAGCAAAAAUGGUAAAAUUGGCCUAGCUAUGACAGGCUAUUUGAUCAGCAAAAUGCAUAUCUAUAGUCGUGUGUGUGUGCUCGUGUAGUACGCUAGCAUCUAUAAGGAUUUCCAUUAGUGGUCUAAAAUGACUGUGUCCCAUGAUACAAAUUAUGGAGAGAACAGAUCCACAGAGCAGAACGCACUCAUGUUAUGAUGCAUCACACGGCGUGAAUCCAAAGAAUUGUAGUAACAACAUACGGACACGGGAUUCCUAUCUCCAGUUGGAAUGAGGACCGUGCGUUUUGCUGUUGGGACUUUCAUCAGUCUGAUUCUCCAAGUGGGUAUGACGCACCAGAGGACGAAUGGUGAAUAUUGCCAUGGUUGGAAGGACGCGCAAUCUACCUGGCGAGAGGGUUUCCACUGUCCCGAGCGCAAUGAUCAAAGAGAAGCGGUGAUCUGCUGCGGAGCUUGUGGGCUGCGCUACUGUUGCGCACUCAUGAGAGCAAGACUGGAUCAGGGAAACUGCAACAACCACGAGCAAGUUCACCAGCCUGGCACUUCUGAUGACAAGAAAGUUGCCAAGAGCGCAGUACCUGUCUAUGUUCCCUUUGUGAUUGUGGGCUCUUUGUUUCUGGCCUUUAUCUUUCUGGGCUCCAUGGUGGCCAUGGGUGUCUGUCUGAGUUGUAAACAGGAGAUCUCCCAAAGCCCAGAAGGUGCUGCUGGUCCCCAGGGUGGGAGUGGAGAGCAGCAGCAGGAGGCUGUACCCAUGACAGGGGCGUCCUGUGGUUCCACCUCAUCUCUCUACCCUCCCAAUGCCAGCCAAGCCUGUCCAACUGGAUCCUCAUGUGUCCACCAAACCUUACAGAGGCAGGAAACUCCCACCAGCCUACAACCCUCCAUGGCUCAACCUUCUACCAUGCACCCCUCCAUGGUGUUUUCCACCCUGGUUCACCCCUCCAUGCUUCACCAUUCCAUAAUGCAUCCUUAUAUGGCUCAAAUGCCUACUCUGUAUACCUCACAAGAGGAAAGCCGUCUUCUACCAUCUCCCUGCCCCCCAUCUGGCUAUACCAGUACUAAACCCAGACACACUGAAGUGAUCAUAUAAUUUGUGGCUUUGACUUUUACAGACUCCAGUGGGGAGUAUUUGGGUAUUCAAAUAUGAAAAUAUUAAUAAGCCUAGAAAAUGGAAAGUAAAUCUGAGUCAGCCAAAUGAAUACAUAUAUUGAGGAGAAUAAUUGCAAUUGGUCAAUGACCAAUAAUUCAAGCUUUCAUGUUUUAUUUUGACUUAAAAUGUAUGGUAUUUAUUUGUAAACAUGCUGUAUAUGUGCUACUUUUAAAAAACAUCACAAAUUGCUGACCUAUUUUGGAUGUUUUGUCCAUAGAGUUAUAUUACUGUUAAGUAUUUCUGAUGCAGCUGUCAAACUCUGUACAUAACCCCAUCACAUGAUAUCAUGACUCCCUCAUUUACCCCUCUUUAUCUGACACAUUCUUCACUGUGAUCUCUAUACAUGAAUAGAAUUCACUCUGGGGGUUUAAUGUGCACGGUGCUGAAUGAUUGCGUGUCUAGCUCGACGUCUUUUACAAUUGAAGUUACAUUGUGUUUUUACCUCCCAUUUUUAGAUUUAAUUCCAUACUUCCAUGUGUCCAUCUGAAGCAUGCAUCUUCAGCAUUAGGCUAGGCUAUCUUAUUAGGGAGACCGUUAUAGGCCUAAUCAAUCAGAAUCAUGUUUGUCCUACAAGAGGAAAAUCUUUGCACAGCUAAAAAAUAACCAACACAAAACGCAGUUGGAAACAAGCUACAAGUCACACACAACUAGUAUCCCCAAACUACAUGGAGUUAGUAAUGAAUCAGGGAACCCUAGGAUAAUUGUGGGGUAAUGGUGUGGUAUAGCAGACCUAGCUAUAAUCAUCCCAGGGGAAAAACAAAGAGAUAAAUGUGAUAGUGUCUGGGGGCUCAGUGUCAUGGAUAAUAGAGGUAUUAGUGGCUGGGGGUGUAAAUGGGUGCAGUGAUAGUGAUGUGUGAAAACAUUGAGGUCAACAGUGCCAUUGUCAUUGAGGGUAAAUACUGUAUUAGGGUUAAUAAGGUUGAGCUGGCCAAAGAUUAGGGCUCUGUUUGAAUCACAGAAGCCCCAAUAUGUUACUCUUCCUUCAAAAAGCGAACCCAUUAUGUCAUUGAGUUCAUAUUGAGGCCCCUCCCUGCCAUCAGAACAUGCAUUAGCGCACCGAUGAUGUCUUUCGUACUGUGAUCUACAGACCUCCAUUAAAGCCACAGCAGCCAGAAU